AUGCCCCGCAGUAAAAAAGAAAGUAAACCGCCCGCCCGCACGACCUCCUCCUCCUCCUCCCGCAGCCGCGCCGUUCGCCUCCCGCAGCCGCGCCCUUCACCGCCUCCUCGCGCCGCCGGAGCCACGGGAAGCGGCCGCGGGUCGCCGGGAGCCUCCCCGACCGCGGGAGCCCGCCCCGCUCCCGCCGCGGCUCGCCGGGAGCCUCCCCUGCCGCCGAAGCCGCCCCGCCGCAGCUUGGCCUCCGCCACUCCGCCACUCCGCCGGAGCGAGUCUCUCUCCUCUUCUCUUGGGAUGGGACGCCUUCUCUCCUCUGCUCCCAGCCGGAUCCAAUCCACCUCGCCCCGGCAUGCAGCCACGGAAGGCCAGCAAUCGUCAGGCUUCAGUUUUGUACUGACCACUCCAAGGCUUGUUCAACCUGGUGAAUCUUUCCUUCAUCUGCAUCAUUUUUCGCUUCAGUCUGUACAUCCUCGCCCUCCGCACAUCCUCGCCCUCCGCCCGCCGAUCCUAUUCUCCGCCGCCCGCCUUCCUCUGCUCCUCCUCUGCCGCCGCCGAUCUCAUCUGAGCCAGUACAAAUAUUGCCACUCAUCAACAUCUGCAGCAUCUAAGAUAGGCCAAGAAGCCUGGGAGGUUGAAAGUAAACCGCCCGCCCGCACGACCUCCUCCUCCUCCUCCCGCAGCCGCGCCGUUCGCCUCCCGCAGCCGCGCCCUUCACCGCCUCCUCGCGCCGCCGGAGCCACGGGAAGCGGCCGCGGGUCGCCGGGAGCCUCCCCGACCGCGGGAGCCCGCCCCGCUCCCGCCGCGGCUCGCCGGGAGCCUCCCCUGCCGCCGAAGCUGCCCCGCCGCAGCUUGGCCUCCGCCACUCCGCCACUCCGCCGGAGCGAGUCUCUCUCCUCUUCUCUUGGGAUGGGACGCCUUCUCUCCUCUGCUCCCAGCCGGAUCCAAUCCACCUCGCCCCGGCAUGCAGCCACGGAAGGCCAGGUCCGUGCGCCUCUUUCCCAUGGCCAUGGAGUCGCCGCAGCUGCCAUGGAAUGCCUGGAUGUCGUCAGGUCCCUCUUCUCCUCUCCCAACUGGACUCUUGAUUGUUUUGGAUUUGGCGGCUCCCCUCACUCACACCCUCCCUCCCUGAUGCAGAUGCACGCAGGUGCAGCACCUACACCGAUGGCUACUCUUGAGACACAGACAACAUAGGAGAGGACAAGUCCAGAAUUGCUAGACUGAAUCUAUCCAUCUGCUCUGCUCUCGGGACAACAGAGGAGAGGACGAGUCCAGAAUUGCUUGACUGAAUCUAUCCAUCUGCUCAGCUCAGUUCAUGCAGAGGCUAGAGACAUAGCAAUCGUCAGGCUUCAGUUUUGUACUGACCACUCCAAGGCUUGUUCAACCUGGUGAAUCUUUCCUUCAUCUGCAUCAUUUUUCGCUUCAGUCUUUACAUCCUCGCCCUCCGCACAUCCUCGCCCUUCGCCCGCCGAUCCUAUUCUCCGCCGCCCGCCUUCCUCUGCUCCUCCUCUGCCGCCGCCGAUCUCAUCUGAGCCAGUAAGUUUUCUUUACAUUCAAGUGUGCAUUGUUUGAACAACAUGCUUGUGGUUCUGUUCUUUCCACACAAGAUAAUCUGAUACAUACAUGAUCCUUCUGGUUAUGAUUAUUUUAGUGCAUACAUACAUGAUUCUACCACACAGCAGGAACAAUUAUUCUGGAACAAUUGCCGUAUGUGAAUUAUCAUGAUCCAACGCCAAUGCCACACUCAGCGCCAAAAGGGUUACAAUUUAUGAGGACAUAUUUAAUUAGUGAGGAUUUCAGAAAUUUGUAGUCCAAGCAACUCAUACAUUUGAAGUUUUGUUGCUUACCUUCCCAUCCCAUUGUGUUGCUAUGCUCCUGAAGUUGCCUAACUACAGGAAAGGAGGCCAAAGUUUUGCUAUAUUGGGUUAUCCACAAUAGUAUCGGCAGCGAUGUUUUGUUUUGUCACAACUACUCAAAUAUAUAAUCUAAAUAAUCUAAAUAUAUAAUCUGCACAUUGUAGUUUGAGUUAAAAAAUAGCACAUUGUAGUUUUAAUUUUUUUUUUUUUAAACCCACGUGUUUUGUUGUUUCAAGAGAUUGAGUCAUGGGCUGUGAGCAAGCAUUAUAUAUUGACAUGAAAGGUAGAUCUAUUUAGAUCAUGAAGGUUUGCGCACCGUGAUGCAAAGGCCGUAUGCAUCGACGAGGCGAAGGUGGGGCUUACCGGGAUGGGUUGAGAGGAGGCAGUGGAGAGAGGAAAUGGGAGAGGCGGAUGGUGAAUAUAGGAGGUGAAAAAGGAUGCAUCUACUUAGUCCUUCUGUUGAAUGCAUAAAAGGCACCCUGCAGCCUCUCUGCUUGCAAAAUAGAUGCUCUCUGCUUGGUACACUCAUGACAUUAAACCUUUCAUCUCCAGUUAGAGAUGCAACUUGAAUUGACCUAAAAAAUUCUAUUUUUGAGUAUUACCUUCUUCCACACCUCUGCAACAUCUUCUGAAGCCUCUACUCUUAACCAGUCUGCUACUAUCACUUUCUCAAAUUUUAUACGGGAAAAUAAUGUAGUAGUUUUUUAAAAAAAAUUGUGCAAGCUAAUAUGUUUCAAGAUUCAUGAAACAUAUGUUUCAACAUUCAAAAGUUUACAUAAAAACCAUAUGCGGCAAAACUGAAUGACAUUUUGAAAUAUAUAAUUUUGACAGAAUGAAAACAAAUUCAGUUUCCUCUUCCUCCCUAACUACGCAUACUUUAUUUCUACAGGUACAAAUAUUGCCACUCAUCAACAUCUGCAGCAUCUAAGGUCCUUUUCGUCACAUAUUCAUAUUUACUUGAGAUUCUGCUUACUUUGUUUGCACCAUUUAAUAAUUGAGCUUCUCAAUAUUGCAUGAAUAUUUCUAAUGAUGUACGAUGUUCCCCAUUUCUUUAACAUCCCUGGCAUGUGUGUGCUCCAUUAGUGAAUGACAAAUUUCUGAAUUUUUGUGAUGAACAAUGUUUACGUUCGUUUAGGCAGCUCACCGGCAUCCAUCAUGGUUUGCUAUUUUAGAAUUAAUCAAGAUUACCUUUCAGGCUUCUUCCGUUGCCUAGCUAAUUCCCUCCUUGUAGGCCAUGUUGUGGUCUGAAAUUGAACGUAUACAUAUGAUCCUGGUUUUUCUACACCGCCAACUUUACUAUUGAUUAUUCCUAGAACCUUAAGUUGAUCUGAAUAGACAUAGCGAAGUAGAUGCAAACUUCAGGAUAAAAGCAUGUAUAUCAUGGAAUGAUAGGAAGAGGGCUCUGAGGUAGACAUGUUGAUUAUACUGUUUAAUGUUAGCUCCAUCAAUACUGAUACAUAUACAAUUUCCUGUUGUAGAUAGGUAAAUAUUUUGCAAGUAAUGUAAUUUGGUAAAUAAGCUAAAGUAUUAACCUUACUGCUAUCUCAAAGUAUGAUGCGAUUAUUCAGUAUCCAUUGCCUGAUAUAGUCAGUCAGAGGCAUCAAAUCAAAUCUCCCUUAAAUGAUUAAAUCAUUUAACUGCACAUCACAAGUAUCAGCCUCCAUCUGCCACCAAUAUUGCAAGAAACAAGGCAUGCUGAUCUAAUAACCAUCUUUAUAUAUAUUUUUAACCUAACAAGUGAGCUGAUGAUCAGGAAAUCAUGUUUAACUAUCAAUAAAUGAUCCCAUUUCUUGGUUCAGUGAAGUGAUUAUGUGGAUCUUGUGAGGAAAACAGAUAGGCCAAGAAGCCUGGGAGGUUGUCUACAGUCACUGGCCUGGUAUGUGACCUGCUUGCAUCUUCUAAAUUAUAUUCUAAAUUAGUAUGAAUUUUUUCUGCUCAAAAACAGUUUUCUAUGAUAUUUGUAAUUUCCACGUUUCGAUUGAGCUUCUUACGAUCUAUCAGUAAGGCCUCUCAGGUUUUAGAUUUGUGAUUAGAUCGUUGCAUAUAAGCCAAAAUGAGUCUAUGAUAAGGGAAAUAAACUAGCUACGCUUACCGUAUGGAUGAAACUGAAGAGUGAAGUGAUAUUUCUUUCUACCAUUGCAUAGCUUUACCAUCACCGAUCCAUGUUAAGUGUGAUUUGUUUCUCUGUACAUUAUUCGGAUACAAAGGAUUCGAGCUGAAAAGAAGAUGCAGUGGAGAACAUUAUCACAAGUUAGCAUUUCCUGUGAAACGAAGACCAUUAUAUAGAACAUUGAUUAAUUUGUAAAAAAAUGCUGAUAGCCAAAGGUUAAUGCUGAUAGACCAUUAUAUAUAAACACUUGAAAUAAUUCAGUUAUGGUUUCUAUCAA